AUUGCAACACUAGGUAUCAUCGCAAGAGUGACGUAUGAACGGCCGAAGAAACGAAAACGAAAGAAAAGCCUUUCUGUGCCGUUGUUAUCUUCUAAGAUUACUGAAGAAUGGAGACAAACGGCCAGGCUAAUGGGCUUACAUCUAAAAAGAAAGACAGCAAUGAUGCAAAGGACAAUUUGUGGUCUUCAAUAUUAGAAGAGGUCCAGAAUCAGGGGAACACGAAACUACCUUCAAAUAAAAAUGUAUUAGUUUUGGGUGACAAUGAGACAGGCAAAACAACUUUGGUAGCAAAAUUACAAGGUGUUGAAGAUCCGAAGAAAGGAUCAGCACUCGAAUAUGCUUACAUAGAUGUUAGAGAUGAGUAUCGAGAUGAUCAAACGCGACUCAGCGUAUGGGUACUAGACGGCGAUCCAGGACACACGAACCUGCUCAAGUUCGCCCUCAGCGAGGAGACGUUCCCGCACACCCUGGUGGUGCUCACAGUCGCCAUGACGACCCCAUGGGGCAUACUCGACCAGCUCCAGAGCUGGGCGUCUGUGCUCGGCGACCACAUAGACAAAUUGGAUCUCACACCAGAACACAGACAGCAAAGUAAAAAGCAGCAGGUACAGAAAUGGCAGAGGUAUACGGAGCCAGGCGACGAGAUGGAGCAAACAGCGUCCUCUCCCAUGAAGAGGUCGUCGAGGAAUCUAUCGGACGACCUUGAGAAUGGUGACGAUGACGAUAGCCCCCUCCCCGAAGGCGUACUUACAACGAACCUGGGUCUGGAUAUAGUGGUGGUGGCCACAAAGACUGACUACAUGAGCACACUGGAAAAAGAGCACGAUUAUCGCGACGAGCACUUCGACUUCAUGCAGCAGUGGAUCCGAAGGUUCUGCCUCCAAUACGGCGCGGCGUUGUUCUACACCAGCGCUAAGGAGGACAAAAACUGCGACCUCCUAUACAAGUACCUCACGCACAGGAUAUACGGACUACCUUUCAGAACGCCAGCGCUUAUUGUGGAGAAAGACGCCGUUUUAAUUCCCGCUGGCUGGGAUAGCAUGAAGAAAAUAAGCAUAUUAUAUGAAAACAUGCAAUCGUGUAAACCCGACGAUUACUACAGGGACGUUAUAGUCCAGCCCGCUAUACGGAAAAGCGGGGCGAGUCGCGAAGCGGAAGUGCAAGCGGAGGACGAGCAAGCGUUCCUGCAGCGACAGCUGGCGGCGCUGCAAGCGGGCGCCGCCGCGCCGCGCUCCGACUCGCCGCUGCGGCCGCGCGCCUCGGCCGCGCAGUUGGACGGCGCGAAAAUCGGCAUGGGCCCCGGCACGCCGGGCAACGAGGGCGUGCUGGCGAACUUCUUCAACAGCCUGCUGUACAAGAAGACGGGGUCCCCGGGCGCGCGGCCGCCGGAGCCCGGGCCCGCCGCCGCCGCGCGCUCCGACGCGGCCGCGGAGCUCGACCGCCUCACGAGGGCCAAGUCUCGGGUCUCCGCGUCCUCCGCCCCCGCAUCCGCCGCCGCCGCACCCACCCUCGACCUCAACUCCUCCUCCGAGUGCUAGCGAGGUAAAUACAGCAGAGUCCUAUCUCGCAUCAGGCCGGCUUGUACUUUAGCGACGGUGAGCUUGGUGGCUUCCACGCCUGCGGCACGUCACGGGUUCGAUUCCAGAGAACCAUAACACUAGUAUGUCGCGACACAACUCCAUUAAUUACGCAUCAAACUUUUGUAUCAGUAGUGAUAUUAGAAAAAAAGUUUAAUGAAAAUGUUUAGUUUUAAAUACUUCAUCGGAAUCUGUAGAAAAAAAAACUAAAAAUCUAAAUCAGAAAUAGUUUAUGUAGUCGAAGAAUGAAGAAACGAUUUAGUCGGAAAUACUACAUCAGAAUCUAUUUCACAUCUAAUAGAUCAAAAUACACAAAUUGAACAUUACAUUGAAGAUAAAAAUAUAUACAAUUAUUAUUACAAUCUAAUAUAUUCAUAAUUGAUGAUAGAACACAUUAAUACUAAAGCUAUUCCAUAUUCUAGAUCAAUCUGGGAAUUUGAUCAAAUUUUACUUGCGAGAUUAGUUCCACAUUAAACAAAGCAAGUUUAUUAUAAACUUGAUAAAAUAGUUCUAUUUCCACACAGUUUUUAAGCGAUAAAAAAGGAGGUUCUUAAUUCGUCGCGAUCUUGUUCAAAGUCUGAAUCGAAAGAUUUUGUUUUUGUGGAGUUUGUGUCGAAGCUUGUGACAUUGACUCGUGACAUCAGCGCCUUUAAUAGGAAAAUAUGAGAUAUUCGGCGCACGCAGCAAAUAUGAAUGUUGCUUAAAAAAGGUAUAAAUGUGGUGAAACUCGAGGUAUGAGGCAUUUACUUGAGAUAUUUGAGUUUAAAUAGAAUGGUAAUGAUCCAAUGAAGCAUCACAUUGAAUCAUAUAACUACAAAUUUGAACUAACUACAUACCUACUUACAAUUGAUAGAAAUUAUCAACUUUUUGAGUUACAAUAUUUUCUAAACUGAUUCAAUAAUUUUCCAAGUUUCCUAAAUGAAUAUAGUUCAGUAAAUAAAUUACACCCAUAAUUCUAUAUAAAACUUGAUAUCAAUAAACUUUAAAGUUUACUAAAUAGUAGUCUAUUAAAUGAUUACAAUAAUCCACUUAUAUAAUAACUAGUGAUGGGAAGAAGUAGAUUUAAUCGAUAAAACUUAUGAUAAUUAUAGCGAGUGUACUAAAAAAAACUCGCUACGAAAUGUUUCGUCCCAUCACCAAUACAGUAAUUAAAUGCCUCAAACCCUAAGAAUGGAACAAUUCCUCGUACGCUGCUAUGUAUAAAAUCAAAGUAAACGCGACUUUAUUACCCAUUCAGUAAAUGUAAUUUUAUUUGUAAUGUCUCUGAUAUUAAAAUAAGUAUUUAUUUAUUUAGAGUUGUAUUCACGACUCUAUUGUGAUUAAUAGCGGUCCCGCAACGGAAUAUAUUUACACAAAUAAAAAUUAAAUUUGAACUCUAAUUGUAAUGAAAUAGAACACAUAAUUGUGGAUAUAAACUAACACUGGUUUUUAAUUAAUAAUUUAGUAAGUUCUCGUUUUCCGUUGCCGGACUGCAAACAAUACAUUUCUUAGUUAUUUUGGAAGAUAAAGUGUCUGAGAUUAGAGAAGUUUCAGUAAGAGCGUUUUCAUUUUAUCCAAUUUGUUAUUUAACGUGUCAUCCGAAUAUUAUCGUUAAAAAUCGGUUGGUAGUUUGUAUCGUAUUGGGUGAUAUGAAAGUGCUCUGACAUGUGAUCUUCUGUGAAGACUGGCAGUGCAAUGAUUGGUGGAACAUAUAUAAGCACAAUGAAGUCACUAUUUGUACAAACCAUUCAUGUAUGGGUAUUAUAUAAUAUGUAUGUGAUAUCGAGGACACGACUGAGGCAAAUUCGAGACAUCGUAUACCAAAAGUAUGUAGUUAGUUUUUCCUUGCAAUUUUUACCAACACUAUAAAGCGUCACGCAUUUUUUAUACAAUACGGAUGUCUCGAAGUUGCCUCGUGUUAAAAUAUUCGAGGCAUGAAAAGGCCGGUGUUGAGGUUAGUGGUGAGACGAAUAAAUUUCAAUCGAGAAUAAUCGAUUAACUCUUUUUGAGAAUAAUUCGUCUCAUCACUAGACGAUACGGCUCAUGGAACCAUUGCACGAUAUAAGUGUCUAUGUAUUGAAAAUUAAAUGAUUAUAUAUUAGCCGAUUUGUGCAUGGUCUGAAUAGGACCCGUAAAAUAUAUUUUAUAUGUAUUAUAAUGUAUAUUAUGAUAUCCGCUAAACUUCAUUGUAUAGUAAUGGUGACCUUUAUUGUGUGACAGAAUUUAUUUAUUUAAAUAUACAAACUCUUUUUGGACGUUAUUUUCACUAGCCCAGCCUGUUUUCUAUAGAAAAUUAAUACUUUUUAUAUUGUGAGUGUAACUUUUAGAGAUUCGAUUUUGUUCACUUGUGGUGCAAUACAGAACAUUCCAAACGAUGUUUGGUGCUUAUUAUUAUAGUAAAAUUUUAAUAGUAAACUGGAGUUUCAUUUAUAAAGGUUGUAUCCCGUUUGCUUGACGCGACUUCAUGUGAGAGUCGUGGUGUGUAAAUGUGGUUACAACCUUAAAAUACUUGCCCAAAUGCGCUCUGUUUUUAUAAUUUUCGAAAGAGAAACAUAGUAAAGGUCACUAUUAUUUUGAAAGCCUUCCAAAGUUUGUAAUAAACAUUUUCACAAAUCAUAUCGUAGUGUACUUAAAUUACUCCACAUUUAAAUCUCAAAGAGACAUUUUUCCGAGUAAAUAUUUAUAUUGAUCCAUCCAAUAUUACUAUAUUGGGAGUUGUGUAACUUAUUAACUUUUAGCAUAGGCAUAAAAUAAUUUUAACAUAUUAAUAUUACACGUAAAUUGACAAACUUAUUUUAAAUGGGAGGCAGCUAAUUUUCUAAUUUAUUUUUUAUUCAAAUGCUUAUCAAAGUUAUUAACUUUUGAAGGUAAUUCGACGACCGACGUCGACACACAUGCGACAAAAAAUAAAUUAUGCAGGAUAAUUUAAAAAGAGUUUUCAAUAAAUUGUCUCUUUUAACAUUGCACUCUAGAAACAUUCAAUAUAUAUAUAUGCGCAUAUAUAUAUAUAUAUGCGCUUUCAUAUCGGUAAGUGGGGAAUAACCUGAAGAGAUAAUUGAAAUAAGUUUGUCAACGCAAGUUUUUUUGUAUAAUAAAUUACUCAUUUGUAUAAUAAUGGAGAAGAUUUGGCAUGUUUUGAUAUGAUAUAUUUGUACGAGGUGACGGUCGGUCUAUUUUUGUAAUGGGGAUACAUUGUUAGGUGGCUAAAAUGCAUAAUUAUAGUACUAAGUAUUUGUACUUUAGGCUGUUUCGAGAUUCCAUGUAAUAUAUUGCAUGAAAAGUAUUAUCAAAUAUAUACAUUGCGUACUAGAGCUGAUUAAUUGCACGGUACAAUAAGGGCCAAGGUAUCGACAAUAGCACAUUGUAUGUACCCACCCAUGUUUAUUAUAAUCUAAAAAUGCAAACAAAUUAUUAUCGAUACAGUAAUUCUCUAUGAAAUAGAUGGCGCACGUGGACAUGUAUUUGAACGUAUUAUUUGUCAUAAAUGUGAUCAAUUAUUUUAUGUAAGUAUUAUAAGUAAAAUACUUGAGAAAUAUAUAUUAAUUGUACGCCUAUUUCCGUCUCUAAAAUCGCAAUUGGGUAUCACAGGCAGAUUGCUCAUUUAUCUACUUUAAAAUAUGCUAGUCAAAGUAGCAGUUUGAUUUUAUUUUAUAAUUUACAUCUCUUUUUCUGUGAUAAAUCUUUUUUACAUAGAACAAAAUAAUAAUAUGCAUUUUAUGUAUUAGCCACGUAACAUCCUCAUAUAAUGUAAUAGAUAACAUAGCAACUUGUAAACUCUAAUAUAUGUAUAAUGAUAAUAAUUUAUGCUCAGUUAUUGCGAAAAUUCAAAAGAUAAGUUUUAUUGCGUGAUGUGUAUUUUCUGUUUUUGUUUUGUUGAUAUUUUGUUUUUACUCUCGAGUUAUUAAUAUAGUUAAAAUAUCCGAUAUCCAAUAGUAUGUUUAAAAUUGCUAAAAUAGAUGUUUCCCUAUAUAGUUUUAGUUUAGGUGGCCAUUUGGUUAUAUUAUAACGUGUAGGCAAAUACAGCGAGCUAUUAAGGCAUAGUGAUUUAUCAUUAAAUUCUCAAUCUAUAGUUUCGUUACGCUUCGCAAUAAGUAAGGUUUCAUAUUUAAUAGUGAAUCAUAUUAGUUGUUAAUAACGACUUGGCGUCAUUUUUAUCCUGAACGACAAAUAAUAUUUUUAUAUAGGUACAAAGAAAGGGAUGACAUGACAUUUCCAAAUACAAUCUACAGCUAUAAAGUCGUUGUGGAUAAAAAUAGGGCAAAGUUUAUGUUAUUUAAAUUAAAACAUAUUACUAAUAAAUUACCCGUAGGUUUAUGGUCGUACGACCUAAAUGGAUCGAAUUACCUGUAUUGAGUUAUUUAACGAGUAAAAUAAAAUACAGACGAUGUUCGCGCAUCCAUUUUGUAUAUGGCAACAUUUUUAUCAUGUUUACCAUGUAACUAUUUGGAUGUAAAAUUUUAGUCCAUUUGCAAAUUGCUUGUGUAAUGUGAAGCGUGGUUUUUAAUCGUGUAUAAAUAGUUUUCAAGCUAUACUAUCUACUCACAUUCUGAGUGAAGCGGUUAAGUUAUUUUCGCCUGUACAGAGUCCAAUAACGUGGCUGAUCUUUUAUUAAUAGUUUCACAUAUUGUCAUGGGAAUUUUUCUAAAACGAUAUUAAACAUGUAAAUGCAAGUUUAUUUAACUAUUUCCAUUCUUAUCUUGCGACAAUUAAUUUUGCUGUCAUGUCUAGAUAGAAUCACGCAUAUCUACACAUGUGCAUGUGUACGUGGGCAAAAGUAAUAAUUAUAUACCGUUAUUGAUAUAGGUACCAUCUACAAAAAUGGUAGUGCUUAACACACACAGGCUGAUUUACCACUAUGCUCAGAAUCUGUGUAUAAUUUGUCGCGUGUUAUUCGAUUAUAUACCCAUAUAUAAGACUUUAUCUCGAUUAUUUACCCGCCGUCAUGCACAUGGCCCCUAACACUCGCCUCUGUAAAUAAACUAUCUUUACAAAGGAACAGCAGUGUCUUAGAUUUAUUUAGUUCAGUAGCCUGCGAUUGUGUUUUAUUAUGACUUUUUUGGCAACAUUGUACAGAAAUUCAAAUAAAAUUUAUCAACAAAA